AUGACUUGUCCACACAUAGAAUCUGAGCUGGAGAAGAAAGAUUUCCUCCGCAAGCUUACUCUAGGUGUGAACUGGGGAAUAUACACACUCCAUGCUACUCCUUCUAAGACGACGACAAGGUGUAAAUUGUCACAGAAGUUACUAACAAGACCGCAAUUGUGUUUAACAUGCGCUAAUUGCUUUCAUUUUGAUAGUCUAUUGACGCAUUCAGCCGAGAAUCACAAUUUUUCUAUGGACGUAUUGUCAGGCCAUGUAUUCUGUUCUGGAUGCAAAGAUUACAUAUACAAUCCACGACUCGAGAAGCUCAUCAAACUGCUGCAUCUAAGGCAAGAAGAGCGAGCUACGAAGAGAAAAACCACCAACGGCUCAAUCAGAUCUAGUUUCAGACCGCUCAAUGACGUACCUAAGGUCAAACUCACAAAUGGCGUCUUUAGCAAUCCGAUAGCCUUGAGACCACGAGGAUUUAGAAAUCUUGGUAAAACAUGCUUCCUGAAUGUUGUUUUGCAGGCUUUUAUCGCGAAUCCGCUCCUGCGGUCUUACUUCCUCAGCGAGAAGCACAAUCAUAUUUUGUGCUCCAAAGAAGGUUGUAUGGCAUGCGAGUUUGAUAAACUUUUCAUGCAGGUCCACCAACCUGAUCUUACACCACUUGGACCUAUAUCCCUUCUCCACACUCUCUGGACAGCGCCCGGAGCGAGUGACCUCGCAGGUUAUGCCCAACAGGAUGCACAUGAGGCGUAUAUUUCGCUCCUCAAUCUCAUACAUGCAGGCUGUACAACUUCAGAAAACAUACACUCAGAUGAGUGUUCAUGUAUAAUCCACCAGACGUUCCAGGGAACGCUACAAUCGGAGCUAAAAUGCGGAAAAUGCAACUACGCAAGCGUGACAAGCGACCCAUUCUUGGAUGUCAGUUUGGAUGUCGGGACACCAAGUUCGUCCACGAAUGGCGUAAGUAAGAGGGGCAGCCAGACUAUGUCAAAGAAUACCUCAAAUGGCGCGCCUAAAAAUGGGAAAGGCAGCUCGGUCCCAACAGUCGAGUCGCAAACACUUGACAAUUGUCUCAAACGAUACACCCACCCCGAACACAGUGAUUGGAAAUGCACGAGUUGCUCAGCGAACGAAGCAUCUACUAAGCAGCUAUCGUUUAAAAAACUACCGACAGUCCUUGCAUUCCAAAUAAAACGAUAUGAACAUGGUCUAUGGGCCCAGAAGUUAGACGCACCCGUACGAUUCCCACUUGUCCUCGAUAUGCGCCCUUACGUCGCUUUGGGAGAUGACGACGAACCCGACGAAAUGUAUCUUUAUGAUCUCUUUUGCGUUAUUAACCACCUCGGUGAAAUGGAUACAGGACACUACACAUGUGCUUCACGAUUUGGCGAGCAGUGGUUCAGAUGCGAAGACGCAGAUGUCGUGCCAACGACUAUCAAAUCAGUCCUUGAUAGUCAAGGAUAUAUGCUUCUCUACAUAAAACGAACACUCGUCUACUAUGCAUCGAGUUGAGUUUAUAAAAAUACAGCAUUAUUACAAUUUACAACACCAUAACAAUUCAUAGCAUUUAGCAUAUCCUUAGCGCGUGUCUGUGCCGCCGUAACUCGUUGAGCUCUCGUAAUGUGUCGCUGGGCCGGGACGUGAAUCGAAAUUGUCUGAAUGAUGAUGACUGUCACGAUUUUGAAAUUGAUCAUAGAGGUGUGCGCCUGCACCACCAACACCCAAACCUGUCCAGAAACCCGGUCUCCACUGGUCGUUCUUCGGGGUGUACGGCGGCGGAGGAACAUUUGGGUCAUAUGACGAGCCGGACAUCGUAUCACGUCUCCUCGCCCCACAGAAGAGGUUGUAGAGGAUGAUGGCCAGAAUAACGAAGAAGAUGACGCCAAAGAAUGUGCUUGCUGAUUUGUCGCUUCCCUGGUCGACACUGACGAGAUUAUAUUUAAGAGCGCAUGAUCCUAAAAUAGUCAACAAUAUGUCUCCCUCAAGCUUGCUUCUCACCCUUCAAAAUGUAAUCUACGUCACCGUUUUCGUCCCAUUGUUCACAGUUCACUUUAACUUUACCCAAUUUAAGAUUGGCGGGCAAGCUGGUUGUGCAUUUCCAUUGUAUUUUAUUGCUGUAGUCGUCAUAUCCCCUAUUUUCACAAUGCACGCUUUCAGGCUGAUAAGCGCAGUUGUUACCUUUGCCAGUGCAUUGGAGCUGCAGGACGGGGUCUAGUCUCCUACCAGUUGUGUAUUCGUCAGCUUCGAAGUUUAAACUCUCGAUUUUUGAAAGACGUAUUCUCGACAUUGUGGCGUCUGAUUAAGAAGUUUAUCUGACGUUAUGGGCGUUUUUAACUGGAUGUGAACAUCUUAUUAAUGCUUUACAGCUGUUUUCUAAUAAUCUAUCAAUUAUAGCAGACCAGUAACUACAGCUAAUUGGCGUAAGCAAGAAAUGGUAGAACAAAUAAGGGUGUGUCAUCUGAUAAACUCACGAUCAUUGCCUUUGAAAACGAUUACAAAAGCUCUCUUAUCCACUCUAAAAGCUGCUAACGUCGAUAGGUGAAUGUAUAAUCGUUAAACUGGUUUGGCCAAACUGCGACUACUAUCAUCAUGCGUGUUCAUAUGCUAUUCCAUGCCCUGCAUUUUCAAAUAUGGAAUACAGUGAUUGUACAUUGGCCAUAAAGAAGUCCAUUAUCAGACUCUAAGCCGACUCCUUCGUCAAUUAUAUCCAAGAAUCUAUCAAAGGGAACUUCGUCCGUCCUCAACAUUGUCUUUCUCGUUCUCAUUCACUUGGUCGCCAAUAUUUUCAAUCAUCAAGGUAUGUAUACCCUUAAGAACUAACAAAAAGUAGAAAGCAUAUGUAAAAGUGUCACAAAUACCAUCAUGAAACAAGAAAAAAGAGCGAAGCGCAAAAAGACAGCUUUCGAUGAGAAUCGAACUCAUGACCUCCGCGGAUCCGGUGAACACUCCUUGAGUGUGCCAUGUUAACACGGCGCUAUAACCCCUAAGCCACGAAAGCUGUUGGACAUUUUACAAGCAUCCAAAAUGUGUAUAAAAUGUUGUGAAAAU